AUGGAUAAUAAUACUACAUUAGAAGAUGUUGCUGUCGAAUCAGACGGUUUUCACAUCUUGGAGGAAGACAAGAGCAAAUCCAGUGUUGUGGACCAGAACCAGGAUUUCGAAUCAACGAGAGAGACCGUCGAUGACUACAUCAGUUUGAGUGCCGAUUCAGAAGCACGAUCUACUACAGGAUCAGAAUCUGAGACAGAUAUGUUUCUGACUGAUGGUAGUAUCCCAAUAGAGGAGCUGUAUGAAUACGACAAUGAUCAGAACAUACAGAGAAGCACGAGUUGGUCUGAGCUCAAUGAAACUUCAGGGUGGCAGGAUGAGCUCCCGAGUAAAGAACUCGUGGAUCAACUUACCCACAGAAUUCUUCGCAGUGAGUGUUGUGUGUAUAUCUCGGACCGUGAUGGGUUGGAGCACGAAUCUUACGCUCUUUACCUAGGAACAGUGAAGAGCAACGUGACAUUCAAGGAUGAAGAUGUUUUCAUAGAUGCGGUCGCCGCUGGUCUCAAAACGAAGCUCGAUGAUCCGAAUGACAUUAAAAGGGGUCAAAUGCAGAACUUCUUACUUUCUGUUUCAAAGGACUGUGUCAUGGCAACUAUUCAAGACUUGAGAGACGAACUCGUACAUGGUCGGUAUUCAGUAACGUUGAAGUCUAAUGGUGUAUCGGUUUGCGCAUGCUUGCGUCGAGAAGCGUUGGGAAUGAUAUGUGUACACGGAGGCAGAACUCUGAUGACAUUAGCAUUGGACAACUCCCGGGAGUAUGAUAAAUUCAAAGAAAAGUACAACUUACAAGAUGAGAAAUGGUGCAGCCCUGUAUUUCAUAUCAAGACACACGUGAAGCAGUAUUCGGAGACUCUUCAAAUUCCAAAUGAACUCGAUAUCGAGAGCAAAGGUGGCGGAUACCCCUGGUUCUGGCAACAGCAGCAUCAAGUACAACCACUAGGCCAUUUACCACAGACCUAUCAGUGGCCUAUGCAGCCACCUGGCACGGAUAACCAGCAAUGGCAAGCAGGUUGGCUGCCUCAAAAUGAUACCUAUACAUUCCCAGGGCAAAUACCCUGCCAGGCUAAAACAGUGAACGGCAAGAGUUUAUCAUUUCACAUACACACACAACCAGCGCUUACCUCAAGAGUUUCAAACGCACCACACCCAAGCACAGAAUACAAUGCAGGAGAAAGCUAA